ACGACAGACCGUAUUCCAUCUCGCCAAUAUGGCGUCCCCCAUUUAGGAGGCGGCCGUGGUUUCUACCCAGAUGGUCGGGGGCAGUGCUGAGCUCCGGCUGUUGUUUGUGUAGCCCGAAGCUCUGAAAGCUGCAGUUAAAGUGCGUUUCUGGUUACGGUUUCAGGAACUCCCCCUUCUCUGAGGGUCGGGAGUUGCCGCUUUCUUCUAGGUCCUGCAAGUUCCUCCUCUGCCCCUGUUUUUUUCCCCGCGCCACCUCCGGACAUCCUCAAGUCCCUGACACUCCCAGACUCAAACUAUGAGCCUUCGGCAGCUACUGUUGCGCUUGCCCCGUUAUCUCGGGGUGUCGGGUUCCCCGCGUCGCUUGUGGUGGUCCCCGUCCCUCGAUACCAUCUCCUCGGUGGGCUCCUGGCGUGGUCAGUCCUCCAGGUCCCCGGCCCACUGGAACCAAGUCGUGUCAGAUGCGGAGAAGAUCGUGGGCUAUCCCACGUCCUUCAUGAGCCUCCGCUGCCUGCUGAGCGACGAGCUCAGCAACAUCGCUAUGCAGGUGCGGAAGCUGGUGGGGACUCAGCACCCUCUGCUUACCACGGCCAGGGGGCUUGUACAUGAUAGCUGGCAUAACCUGCAGUUGAGGGGCUUGGUGGUGCUACUUAUUUCUAAAGCAGCUGGGCCCAGCAGCAUGAAUACUUCAUGUCAGAACUAUGACAUGGUCGGUGGGAUCUAUUCAUGUCAAAGAAGUUUGGCAGAGAUCACAGAACUUAUCCAUACUGCUCUCCUCGUACAUCGUGGGAUAGUAAAUUUAAAUGAAUUGCAAUCUUCUGAUGGACUAUUGAAAGACAUGCAAUUUGGAAAUAAAAUAGCUAUCCUGAGUGGAGACUUUCUUCUAGCAAAUGCCUGCAACAGACUAGCGCUGCUACAGAACACCAAGGUCGUGGAACUUUUAGCAAGUGCUCUUAUGGACUUGGUACAAGGAGUAUACCAUGAAAAUUCUACUUCAGCAAAGGAAAAUCAUAUCACAGAAGAUAUUGGAAUAUCGACUUGGAAGAAACAGACUUUUCUCUCCCAUGGAGCCUUAUUAGCAAAGAGCUGCCAAGCUGCCAUGGAAUUAGCAAAGCAUGAUGCUGACGUUCAGGAUAUGGCAUUUCAGUAUGGGAAGCACAUGGCCAUGAGUCAUAAGAUAAAUUCUGAUCUCCAGCCUUUUAUUAAAGAAAAGACCAGUGAUUCCAUGGCUUUUAAUCUAAGCUCAGCUCCUAUAGUCUUACAUCAGGAGUUUCUUGGAAGAGAUUUGUGGAUUAAGCAGAUUGGAGAGGCUCAAGAAAAAGGAAGAUUAGACUAUGCUAAGAUAACCGUUUGAAAACUUCAGUAUCUCCAGAAAGAGAAUUCAGGAAAUACCAAAUGUGUGUCUUAGAGAAUCAUAACGUAAGUGCCCUCUCUGUCCCCAAACUGGUUAUGAGUUUCUCCCUUGCACUGUACAUAGGUCAUUUAUUUCCACUGAUGCUAAUACUUUCCUUUAAAAAAACUGUUUUUAAUUUUUUUGAAGAAAAGUAACCUCAAACCUCUCUAAUUUCUAAUGUAAGAUAUUCCGAGGGAAGCAGGUAAUAUAGAUUAUUGGACUCCUCUGGUCCCUUUUCCCUCAAAUUCACACAUGCGAGUUCCAAAGGGCAAUUACUCCUCUUUGCUCCAUGCUGAUUGUAUAGGUCAGGAGGGUAAUAAGGUCGUUUAUUUGAAGGAUUUUCAUCUGGUGUAUUUCUAAUAUUCUUGCCCCGCUCCUGACCACUCAAAUCAGUAUCACAGUGAGACCAGCAUCUCUCUCCCACCAUCAAAGAAAAUGAUGAAACAAAGGUGAUUUGAGUCUGAACUUUCUGCUCCCAAAUUUAUCAUCUUCCCGGAGCACAAGGGUUAUAUUGCUUUAGUCUUUUAAACCAGUAAUGGCUCAGUAAUAAUGUUAGUCCUUUAAACCAGUGACGGCUCCGUAAUAACUAGUAUCGUGUGUUUACUAUUAACUCGAUGGCUAAACCUCCAAGUUAUUACAUAUUUUUCAAAAACAUUAUUAUUGAAUUCAGAAAUUGCCUCUGGUAGAAUCAGGAAAACAAGGUACUACACUAAUAAAAGUAAAUGUUACGUUAUAAUAAAUUAUUAAGAAGACACUGUGUUAGAUACUUAUAUUUUACUUGAAAACUGGAAUCUGAUUAAUUGCCUGAAUGGGGAUUUCCUUCCUAAAAGAUUUUCCUAGUGCUUCCUUAGAAGCCACAGAGAAAUUCUGAAACUGCCUUAUAGAUAACCUCAACUCAAAUAUGUUCAGCAAGAUAAUAUUUUUGAGAUAUUAAUCUAUAUUUUUAUUCUCCUGUUAUUUCUCCCUUUCUCUUCCCUGCCUCCAAGCAGAAAUUCCCAUCUGGGUUUAUUGUCUUGGUGAAGGCAUGAGAUGGAACAGAAAGCUGAAAUCGCCCUCAAGCUUUUGUUUCUAAAAGCGUAAAGCCCCAGCAAGGAGAUGAUUUGAGCCAUAGGCAAAAUGUCUUGGGCAGACGCAGGAGGAUCCCGGACAGGGUGGUGAGGAGGAGCAGGGCUGGCACGGGAGCUUUCUGGCAACCUGGCUGGGAGGCAGGCCUGCCCUUCGAGAAGACACAGAUGUGAGCCAUGGCACAAACUAGAGGCUGUGGGCUAGAUCUGACUUUGUUUGGCUGUGUGAAUUUCAGUCAUUCAUAUUAAAAAUCUGGGCAAUUUCACAUAAAAUUCCAGGUUUGGGUUUCUCUAAAGUAAUUGGCGGAUUUGGCCAUACUGGAUUCAGUCUAUAAUGGCACCAAAUGGCUGUCUGCCUUGGAUAAGGACUGAACCCUCUUGUUCGCCAGAGUCCCCACCCGUCCCUGCCUUUUCCCUGCACUGACACCAAGAGUUACUCAUCCUAACACUCACUGCUGUUUUCCAGGCAAUAGAGGAUGCUCCUCUUUACCCAAGAUUUUUUCCGUUAAGUGGAAAAACAAAAGAUAGACUAAAGAUGGCUCACAUUGAAAGAAACAGGGGAGCUAGUGCAUUUUUUUGUAGAAGUGAAGAUGUUCUUAUGUGUUGAAGAGGCAAUCCACCAGCUUCCCGCUUGAAUUCUCCUUGCUGCUUCCUGUAGGCAUUUGCAUCAAGUAUCCCUGUUCCAGGCAGCCUUGCAAAGAGAUGAUCAUGUCCCCAGUCAGGCUUGGCAGAGCCGCUGCCUGCAGGGCAUAGUGAGCAGGACGAUGGGUGGCUUAUCCAGAACCGAUGUGGGCAAAUGCCUGGAGGUCAGAGGCCCUUGGAAGCCCGCUGAGGGUGGGGAAGACUCCAAAACAAUGGGGCUUAACAUAGAAAGUAAAUUAUAAACAUAGUUAUUUCACACACACAAAUGUAUGAACUCAGAUCUCAUGGAAUACCUUUAUUAUCUCACUGGCUUGGUUGUUUAGCUCGGAGCUCUAGCGGCUCCAUUGUGCUCACGUGAUAGAGGCUUCCAGAACCUGUCCUGGAGAAAGACAGCAGGACGCAGUGUUCUUUUCCUUGUGGAUGGCGGAAAGAGAAUCAGCACUAGAAUUGUGGUUUGGGAACCAUCACCUGUUUUAGAAUCAUACGGUGGCAUCUCUCCCUUUCUGCAUGGAGUUUCGACUUAAAAUGGGGCUCUGGGGGGCGCCCGGUGGCUCAGUCGGUUAAGCGUCUGCCUUCGGCUCAGGUCAUGGUCCCAGGGUCCUGGGAUGGAGCCCCGCGUCGGGCUCCUGGCUCAGUGGGGAGUCUGCUUCUCCCUCUCCCUCUGCUGCUCCCCCUCUUGUGCUCUCUCUCUCUGUGUCAAAAAAACAAAUAGAAUCUUUUAAAAACUAAUAAUAAAAUAAAAUAAAAUGGGGUUCUAUGGGUGUCAGCAUUCAGGUUGGGCAUAUGAACCUUGGUGUUUUUGCUGCUAAACUAGAAAUGUGUUUUUCAAAACCCCAGCUGUUAUGUGCCUGGGUUAGUUAUCUCAACAGGUCGCUUACCUCAUUUAUGACCAGUACAAAUAACAGCUCUCCUUUACUGAGAUAACCUUCCGCCAACCACUAGAGCAAUGCUAAACCUAACCGCCUUGUUUAUAACCACCCGGGGGGGGGGGGGUUGCCCCAUGCUGUGAAUAGGGAACCGGAAGCCAAAAAGUUUGAGCAAGCUUCUAAAAUCUCACACUGGGCACACGUUGGAGUCGGGAUUCAAAUCCAGGUCCGCCUGACUGUAUAAGCUCAGCACUCCACAGCUAGCAAGCACCACAGUAUUUAUUACCACUUGCUAUCUGCCGGACAACAAUUGGGCGGAGGGAUGGAAGCAUGAAUGCAAUGGCCAAAUCUUCAGGGAGCAGCAAAAUUAAAUUAGGCACAUUCUUUUUUUUAACGAUUAUUUAUUUAUUUAUUUGACAGAGAAAGACACAGUGAGAGAGGGAACACAAGCAGGGGGAGUGGGAGAGGGAGAAGCAGGCUUCCCACAGAGCAGGGAGCCCGAUGCGGGGCUCGAUCCCAGGACCCUGGGAUCAUGAUCUGAGCCGAAGGCAGACGCCCAACAACUGAGCCACCCAGGAGCCCCUAAAUUAGGCACAUUCUUUAGAAAUAAAAGGGAAGGCAGGUUCCUGCAGUGACAGGUUUUGCAGGAGUCCUUGGAUUUGUGCUGGUAGCAGAGGAAGUCACCUUGUCAGCGGAACAUUCACUCUGGGGCCCUGUGCUUCUGGGAUGCUAAGACUGGGUCCAGAAUAGCAUACUACUCUUUUCCCCGACUUUUAUGAGUUGAAGUGUAUCCCCCAAAAGACACUGAAAUCCUUACCCUCAGUAUCUGUGAACAGGACGUUAUUUGGAAAUAGGGUCUUUGCAGAUGAUCAAGUUGAGGUGAGGUCAUUAGGAUGGUUCCAAUUCACUAUGACUGGCAUUCUUAUAAAAAGGAGAGAUUUGGGGGCACCUGGGUGGUUCAGUCAGUUGAGUGUCCGACUCUUGGUUUUAGCUCAGGUCAUGAUCUUAUGGGUCAUUGGAUCUGGCCCCGCAUCAAGCUCUGUGCUCAGUGGGGAGUCUGCUUGAAGAUUCUCUCCCUCUGCCCUUCCCCCCCAUGCAUGACCGCAUGCUCUCUCUCAAAUAAAUCUUUCAUAAACUAAAUUAAAAUAAAAUAAAAAGGAGAAAUUUGGACACAGAGACAGGCAUGUACAGAGGGAAGACUAUGUGAAGACAUAGGGAGAAUGCCAUCGACAAGCCAAAGAAUAGCUGAGGCUACCAGAAACAGAGAGAGGCCUGGAACAGAUGCUCGUUCACAGCCCUCAGAAAGAAUCAACCUGACCAACACCUUGAUUUUGGUCUUCUUGACUCCAAAAUUGUGAGAUAAUAAGUUUCUGAUGUUCUAAGCCACCCAGUUUGUGGCACUUUGUGAUGGCAGCCCUAGGAAAGAAAAACACCAUCCAACCUGUAUACUUUUAAUUGUUUUAUUAUUAUUUUUUAAAGAUUUUAUUUAUUUUAGGGAUGCCUGGGUGGCUCAGUUGGUUAAGUGGCUGCCUUUGACUCAGGUCAUGAUCCCAGGGUCCUGGGAUCGAGUCCUGCAUCGGGCUCCUUGCUCGGUGGGGAGCCUGCUUCUCCCUCUGCCAUUCCCCCUGCUUGUGCUGUUCACUCUCACUCUCUCUCUGACAAAUAAAUAAAUAAAAUCUUUAAAAAAAUAUUUUAAAAAAGAUUGUAUUUAUUUUAGAGAGAGAGAGAGAGUGCACGCACCAGCAGAGAGAGGAGCAGAGGGAGAAGGAGGGGGAGAUGACCUCCAGCAGACUGCUGAGCCAGAGCCCAAUAUAGGGCUCGAUCCCAGGACCCUGAGAUCACGACCUGAACCUAAACCAAGAGUCAGACACUCAACCGACUGAGCCACCCAGGUACCCCCGUAUACUUUUUUAAAAGGGAAGAUUCAGUUGUGUGGCUUUGUCAUCAUCCACUUCAGAGUCCUCCUCCUGAGCGGGUCUGGGAGCCCCAGAAGGGUCUGGCAUCGUCCACAUGCAGCCUUGAACCCAUAUUUCGAGGCUUAGCCCCCAGUCCAGUCAGCUGGAAUAUCUAGAGCCUGUGUCUGAGUCACAGCAGGGAAGAACCACUUAAGAUCCUUAAUGCAGAAGGUGGCAGAAGGUUUGACACACAUUCUGAAGCAUCAUGGAGUCCAGUCCAAAAGUAUCAUGGACAAUGUGAAUCACAGUACCAUCAAGUAAGACCAGUUAGGCUGAGAUGAGGGCCGUCUGCAAAAAAGGUCUAAGCGGGAGCACAAACCUGGGUGCUACUACCUCUGGUGGGGAAGGGGCUGGUGAAAACACGACAGAGGAGGUUUUGAAGGAAGACCAGGCAUUGACAAGGGGCCUCUAAAAGCCUCUAAGGCUCAGGCAGAAGAGGCGGAAGUGCCCAGUGUGAGCAGGAAAGGAGUGCUCCAGCACUCCUAUGUGUCUUAGUGUAGAAUGGGAUUUUCUGAAAGGAGAAGAUUAAAUUCUAUUCUAGUCAGCACUAUUUCUGUUUUGAACAAUUAAAUUGGGAAAUAACUAGACUUAAUUGGAAAAUAGCAGAAGAGCUAGUACUUUGGCUAUAAUGCAGGUCAUGCCAAUUGUCAGUUACUCAUCGAGAGCCUGGCACAUAUUAGGUCUGCAGUAACUAUUUGUUACAUGAAAGAAUGAGUUACAAACCAUCUAAUCUCUCUGGACAUUUUUUUUUUUUUUCAUCUGUUCAAAAAUGGGAUAAAUUGGUAUGGGGAGGUGAUAUACCUGUUCCAUCUCUCGCAGAUCCGUGAUCAAAGGCAAACAGGGUGACAAAAUGUGAAAACACUGUUGUUAUGAACUGAAUGUUUAUGUUCCUCCCAAAUCCAUAUGUUGAAGCCCUAACCCCCAGUGUAAAGGUAUUUGAAGAUGGGGCCUUUGGGAGGUAAUGAGGCUUAGAUGAGGUCAUAAGGGUGGGGCCCUCAUGGUAGGAUCAGUGCUCUUUUUUUUUUUUUUAAGAUUUAUUUAUUUGAGGGGUGGGGGAAAGCACGCAAGAGUAGGGGGGAGUGGCAAAGGGGGAAAGAGAAUCCCAAGCAGACUCCCCGCCGAGUGUGGAGUCCAACAUGGGGCUCAAUCUCACGACCCUGAGAUCAUGACCUGAGCUGAAACCAAGAGUUCAGACACUCAACCCACUGAGCCACCCAGGCACCCCAGGAUCAGUGCUCUUAUAAGAAGAAAUACACAGCGAGUUUACUCUUUUCCUAUUCACCAUGUGAGGACGCAGCAGGAAGGUAGCUAUCUGCAAACCAGGAAGCCAGCUUUCACCAGAACGCAACCGUGCUGCCACUCUGAUCUCAGACUUCCAGCCUCCAGAAAAGUGAGAAGAUAAAUUUCCAUUAUUUAAGCCCCCAAGUGCAGGGUAUUUUGUUAUGGCGGCCAGAGCAGACUAAGACAACAAUGGGAAGACCUUUAUGACUGUGAACUUUAUAGAGUUCUGUAUUGGGCAGGGGGGUGCGGUUCUGGCAUGUGGCGCAGAUUCUACCAUGAAUUAGCUACUUGCCUUUGGGCUCUUCCCUUGUAACAGCAUAGGGGGUACAGGGACAUUUCCAGGCACCAUUCAUACAGACUAGGACCCAUCCUGUCCUAAUGUUUGACCUUUUGUUUCUUCAUCUAUAAAAAAAAAAGGAUGAGGAAUGGAACAUGGUAUCUAACAGCAAUUCAUUUAUUCUUUCAGCAGAUAUUUGUUGAGAAUUGACUGUGUCUGAGGCACAGAGCCAGGUACUCGGAGACAGAGCAUUGGAACAGGGUCUUGCCCUCCAGGAGUUUACAGAAAGGCACUUACAGCUUCCUGUGAGCAGAGUCUCUGUAUUAGUCAGCUAAUUUGCCGUAACAAAACAUCACAGACUCAGGGGCUUAAACCACAGACCUUUAUUUCUCAUAAUUCUGGAUGCCGGAGGUCAGGGUACCAGCACAUUGGUUUCCCCUGAGGCCCCUUCUCCCUGGCUUGCAGAUGGCCUCCUUCUCUUCAUGUCCCCUGUUGGCCUUUUCUCUGUGUGCAUUGCUGGUGACUCUCCCUCUGCUUUUAAGAAUACACGGGAGGGCGCCUGGGUGGCUCAGUUGGUUAGGCGACUGCCUUCGGCUCAGGUCAUGAUCCCAGGGUCCUGGGAUCAAGUCCCACAUUGGGCUCCCGGCUCAGCGGGGAGCCUGCUUCUCCCUCUAACUCUCUCCUCUCUCAUGCUGUUUCUCUCUCGUUCGCUCUCUAAUAAAUAAAUAAAUAAAAUCUUAAAAAAAAAAGAACACACGGGAGACUCUUAAUCAGAGGAAACAGACUCAGGGUCACUGGAGGGGAGGGGGUGGGGGGAUGGAGUAACUGGUCGAUGGGCAUUUAGGAGUGCACUGAUGUAAGAGCACUGGGUGUUAUAUGCAACUGAUGAAUCACUGACAUCUGCCUCUGAAACCAAUAAUACAUAAUGUUAAUUAAUUGAAUUUAAAUGAAAAAAAAGAAUACCGGUCAUUGGACUGAGAGGCACACCCAUAUGACCUCAUUUAACAUUAAUUACCUCUUUAGAGAUUCCAUCUCUAAAUACAGUCACUUGGGGCACCUGGGUGGCUCAGUCAGUUAAGCAUCAUGGGAUCGAGGGUCCUGGGAUCCAGUUCUGCAUCAGGCUCCCUGCUCAGUGGGGCAUCUGCCUCUCUCUCUCUGCCCUCCCCCAGCUUGUGGGCAUGCUUUCUCUCUCUCUCAAAAAUAAGUAAAUAAAAUUUUUAAAAAGUAAUUAAAAAAAUAAAUACAGUCACUUUCUCAGGCAUACUGGGGGUUAGGACUUCAACACAUGGAUUUAGGGGGAGGUCAGAGUUGAGUUCCUAAUAGCCUCUAUGACCAGGAAAGAAAAGGCACUGUGGAAGUACAGAGCAGGGGCAUCUCGCCCAGACUUGGACUACCCGAAGCCUCUCGAGGAAGAGAUCUAAGUUAACUGAAGGAUGGGGCUGGCGGCAGGGGCUGCUAUUCCGAAUAAAUAUACGCUGUGAAGCACAAACCUUGUAUAUUUCACUUUUUUGUGGCCUCUGACUUUUUUUUUUUUUAAUGUGUUUGGCCUUUGGUAGGAAUAACAAAGAGGAACCCAAAAACACUCCAGAAGCCAAUGUGCCUUGGGCAAGCCACCUUUCCUUUUUUUUUUUUUUUAAGAUUUUUAUUUAUUUAUUUGACAGAGAGAGACACAGCGGGAGAGGGGAACACAAGCAGUGGGAGCAGGAGAGGGAAAAGCAGGCUUCCCGCCGAGCAGGGAGCCCGAUGCGGGGCUCAAUCCCAGGACCCUGGGAUCAUGACCUGAGCCGAAGGCAGACGCUUAACGACUGAGCCACCCAGGCGCCCCGCCACCUUUCCUUUUUGCUUCAGCUUCCUUCUUGGUAUAAUCAAGCACUCCGCAUUUAUUAUUUCCCAGACCUUAAUGUGCCAUGAUUCUAGGGAAAUCCUUAGGUAUAUUCACAGUUACUUCUCUAAAAUACUGGGUUGACAAUUCAGAAGCUUGGGGAAAGGGAGACAUGGAUUCUGUAGCCAAAUGCCAUAUUAACUUUUGGAACAUUAUUAAGAUCUCUUCUCUCUGUUUUCUAAUAAGAACAUGUAGAUAAAGGGGAGCCUGGUGACAGGAGUAAGUCCAGACUCUCACACCAGCUCUGCAUGACUUACCUACUCCAGGGUGACUUUUGCUCUGUAGGCCCCGGUGACGUCUGUGGGAAGGGGGUACAGGGCUGCAAAAGCAAUGGAUGCCCA